CCAAUGUCUGAUACCUGUGAUUGGAGAGUAGAUAUUUUGGCAAACCACGUGAUAACUUGGAGAGCACGUGCCAUGAGACUGCUGAGAAUAUUUUGGCAAUAUUUUCAUUUAAUGCAUAACUAUGGAACAAAUCGCAGGGCAAUAUACCAACAUUUUUAAAUGUGUAACUUGGUGAUUGUUUUAACAACUGUUUGAAUCGGAUAAGAACUGUAAUUAAAAAUAUCUGAAUUCUAAAGACGAAUUUUUACAAAACAUUUAAAAUGGAAAUCGAAAAAAGUUGUGAUGAUUAUGAAGUUAUUGAUAUGAUUGACUACGGAAGUUUUGGAGAUAUUUUAAAAGUUAAAAGUGAAACAGACAAAAACAUAUACGCGAUGAAACAAAUACGAUUCCGGGGAAAUUUUCAGGAUGAUCCCUACAUUAUUAGUGAAAUUUAUUGUCUAACAAGACUGAAACAUAAAAACAUAAUACGUUUGCAUGAGAUUAUUGUUGACGUUGGUGAGAUAGAGAUCAUCAUGGAGUAUGCAGAGAAGGAAAACAUUGAGAGAUACAUGUGUACAAACAAAAACCUCGAAUUCCAUCACAGAUAUAAAAUAUAUUCACAAAUACUUGAAGGUGUAAAGUUUUGCCAUGCUAUGGAUGUCGCGCACCGAGAUUUGACUCCGGCUAAUAUAUUGUUGACAGAAGAUCUUGUUGUUAAGAUAACAGACUUCGGGUUAGCAGUCAAAUGUUUUGAUGAGGAAGACAAACCACUACUGUGCACAGAUUUUCUUGGACGACCGUCCUAUCUUCCUCCAGAAGUAUUGUCACAAAAGCCAUUCCUUCCGAAACCAGCGGACAUCUGGAGUCUUGGUGUCACAUUAUUGUUUAUUCUCUUUCAAACUAUUCCAUUCAGCGGGUUCCAUCAAGAUGUCCUACAGGAACAGACGAACAACUCUUGGGAAAUAUUUGUACAUAAACAAGCUGAAAUGUUAAACGCAACAAUCAAUUCAGAAAUCCUUGAUAUGUUGAAAGCUCAUUUGCAGAUAGAAUCGAAAUCAAGAAAAGAUAUAUGUGAACUUAUUCGUAUUUGGCACGACGUCGGUCCAGAAAAUAUGUUUGAAAGUGAUGUAAAAUGAGGGAUAAUUUACAAAAGAACGUUAUUUUUUUCUAAAGUAACAAGAAUGAGACAGUAACAGUUGAAGAACAGUUUGCAUUAUGUAUGUUGUGCCAACAAAUCGUCAAGAAAAGAGUUUGCAAUAAGCAAGCUGAGGUGUGAAGAAUAAAAAGAAGUAGGGUUUUAUAUUUGAUGUUAUUGUAAAUGAUAGAAUUGUUAAUAUGAUAACGAUGUCAUCUUCAUGAUACUGCACGUUUGUAACGUCGCUUUUCAUUGGAUAGUCGUGACGGUUAUAUAAACUUUAUGCACGGCUGCUGUCAGUUUAUGAAAUUAUUUCAUGUUUCUUUUCAAAUAUAGGAAGGUUGAUGUAUAAAAAAUUCGUUAUAUAGAUUUUUGACAGAUAA